AUCCUCCUCAGCUUCCGUCCUGUGUUUCACACGGACUUGUUUUGGUAACGCACCGAAAAGCCCGGGUUCGAGGAGCAUGGAGGAGACUGGAGGCUGAUGACACGAGCUCGUUCUCUGUCCCGUCCAGGUGACUGAUGUGGAGGAGGCUCCUGCUCAAGGGCACCUCCUGCCUCCUGCAGGCGGCAGACCCCAAGGUCCUGCACCACAGACCUCUCUCAUCCCUGUGUCUGAGGCUCCCCCCCCUCAGGCUCCUCCACAGGCCCCCUCAGGCUCCAUAUGUGGGUGCAGGCUACUUCCUGGCCCAUGGGGGCACCAGGGCCUACAAGAAGGAUGCCAAGUCCGCUGUGGAGCUCCCAGUGACCCCCAUCACAGUCACUGAAAUCAAACAGUACAUACGCUCCAAAGACAUCCCCUUCCACGACGGCUACAGCUGCCUCCACAUCCCGAGCAUCUUCGUGGAGCCGUCGGCGAGGAGGGACACGUUCUCCCUGUUCGUCGACAAAACCACCGGGCAGUUCCUGUGCAAGGACACGCUGGUGGAGGGGAGCUGGGAGGAUCUCCAGGACUGUCUGGAGGUGAUGCAGAAGGAGGAGCAGGACGUCCUCAGCCCCCACGUGCUGCUGGGAUAUCCAGACAGCGUGGAGGAGCAGGAGGAGAGGGACAGGGAGCUGAGGGAGGUGCAGAGGAUCUGGUCCAGCGCCGUGCCCCUCACUGACGUCCCAGAGGACGAGGCUCUGCUGAUUAAAACCAUGUUCCAGAUCACAAAGGUUUCUAAUGCAACCCUGAAGAAGUUCGGUGUGAGGCUCUUCAAACCCACCAAGAGUCUGGUCUUCCCCUGGUUCGGCGGACCCGACUGCUCCUUGAAGGGAGUGAAGCUCCUCUCCGCCCAAAGCACAGACACCGACAAAGUCACGUACAAUGAAGCUACCGUCCCAAAGUGUAGUUCUUACUACAACCUGUUUGGCCUCCCCCUGGUGAGCCGUAUGGACUCUGAGGUGGUGCUGACGGGUCACGAGCUGGACACCCUGGCUGUGAGUCAGGCCACGGGACUCCCCAGCGUUGCUCUUCCACGCGGAGUCAGCUGCCUUCCUCCGAUCCUGCUGCCUUACCUGGAACAGUUCAAGCGGGUGACGCUGUGGCUGGGAGGCGACAUCCGCUCCUGGGAGGCGUCGAAGAUCUUUUCUCGGAAGCUGGGUCUGAGGCGCUGCUCUCUGGUGCGCCCGGGGGAGUACCGGCCGUGUCCCGUGGAGGCGCUGGCUCAAGGGAAGAACUUAAACCACAUCGUCAACGCCUCCAUCCCAGCAGCCCACAAGUCCAUCGUGUCCUUCAAGCAGCUCAGAGAGGACGUGUACGGGGAGCUGCUGAACACGGAGCAGGUGGCCGGAGUGAAGUGGACGAGGUUUCUGGAGCUCAACCGGAUCCUGAAGGGUCAUCGCAAGGGGGAGCUGACUGUUUUCACAGGUCCUACUGGCAGUGGGAAGACCACCUUUAUCAGCGAGUUGGCUCUGGACCUCUGCAUGCAGGGCGUCAACACGUUAUGGGGAAGCUUUGAGAUCAACAACGUGCGUCUGGCGAAGAUCAUGCUCACACAGUUCUCCAUGCAGAGGCUGGAGGAGAACCUGGAGCAGUACGACUUCUGGGCGGACAAGUUUGAAGACCUGCCGCUCUACUUCAUGACGUUUCACGGGCAGCAGAACAUCAAGGCGGUGCUGGACACGAUGCAACAUGCCGUUUACCUCUAUGACAUAAACCACGUCGUCAUUGACAACCUGCAGUUCAUGAUGGGACAGGAAAACCUCUCAGUAGACAAGUUCGCGGUUCAGGACCACAUUGUCGGGGCGUUUAGGAAGUUCGCCACCAACAGCAGCUGCCACGUCACUCUGAUCAUCCACCCCAGGAAGGAGGAGGAUGAUCGGGAACUGCAGACGGCGUCGAUCUUCGGUUCUGCUAAGGCCAGCCAGGAAGCCGACAACGUCCUCAUUCUGCAGGAGAAGAAGCUGGUGACGUGUCCUGGCCGCAGGUCCCUGCAGGUGACCAAGAACCGCUUCGACGGGGAUGUCGGCAUCUUCCCCCUGGACUUCCUCAAGUCCUCGCUCACCUUCUCGGCUCCCGUCAAAGGCAAACACAAACUGAGGAAGGUCGCCUCCAAGCCGGAGAACGAGGAGUCGGAGGAGGACGAGGCGGCGGUGAAGAAGACCCAGGUUAAAAAGGAGAAGGCAGAGAAAGCAAACAAAACAACAAAGACUCCAAGACCUGCAGCUGGAAAGUAAACCAACCAGAACUCAUUCAUAUAUAUAUAUAACUCUAAACAUUCAUAUUUUAUGAAAGCCAAAAAGUUGCCAUGUAUUUUACAUAAAAGAUGUCAGACAGUUUUAUGUCCGUCAUAAGCAUGGAUUGAAGUAACGCUGGUAAAGCGUUGAACAUGUUCAGUCUGGAAAGUUUUUAGUUCUGGACAAUAAGACGAGUUGAACCCUUUUCUAAAAGUGUUAAAGUUCUUCUGUUUCAAAAUAUACUGUGACACAAAGCUACUGUUUUCAUGUUUAAACACUGUCGUAUAUCAUGAUGAUAUAAGCUCCUACAGAGAACCACUGUUCUGAAUUAUGAUUUAUUGAACCAGCUGCUUUAUUAAAAAAAUGAAAUCAAA